AUGUCCGCCAGACCCUCUAUACGCGCUUUCGGAUCCGCUAUCUCCAAAGGCAGCUCGAAAUCUACUGUUCGAUCCGUCCGUCCUCGAGCUAUAUCGACCCGCGGGAUCGCCUCCCUCCCAUCUCGUUCGAUCAGCCGGACAUCCCUUGCUUCCCCCUUCGCAUCUUCAGCAAGUACGGCAGGGACAGUCAGAUGGUCCAGUAGCAGUACGCCUCAAUCAGGCAAUGAGCCAGAACCCGUACCGAGCCAACUGAGUCAGGCAGAGUACGAGCGUAUCUCGGAAGAGGAUAUGGAGACUCUCAGUGAGAACCUGGGGGCCCUGUGCGAGGAGACGGGUAGGGAGAAAUGGGAGGUGGAUUAUAGUUCCGGCGUCCUCACCCUCUCCAUCCCCCCACACGGCACCUACGUCCUGAACAAACAACCGCCCAACCAACAAAUCUGGAUCUCCUCCCCCAUCUCCGGUCCGAGUCGGUUCGGGUAUAUCGCCCCCACACCCGUCAACCCUUCGUCCACAGGACCGAUGAGCUCAGAAUCGGAUCGAGGGGCGGCUUCGUCCGGCGGCGUAGGUUUAGGCGGAGGGGACGAAGGAGAAAUUAGAGGCGCAUGGACCCAUUUCAGGAAGAAGGGAGUGACGCUGGGUGGGCUUGUGGAGGGGGAGUUGAGGACGUUGGGUGUGGGGAAGGAUGUAAGUGAGGGAUGGACGGGCGUGGGGAUCAAGUAG